UUUGCUGUUUUAAUGACAGACAUGCAUUCAUUUUGCAACCUUUAUUUCAUUCAACUAAUUUGUUUAGAUCACGUUCUUCAUUAUUAAAUCUGUCCACGGCAACAUUGCACAUCUCAAUGUCAAUCACUCAUGACCUGAUCUCAUUGCAGCAGACAUUUUAUGAUAAAUAUAACAUUUGUGCACACAGAUCCACAUGUUAAGAUUUUUCUUUUGUCCUGCAGAAGUGAAUCAUUGAAGAACAAUGGCAUCUGUUAAAGAGCUACUUGUGAACUCACUGAAGGAACUGGUGAAAGAUGAUCUGAAAGAGUUUCAGUGGUACUUGAAGAAUCAUGAGUAUGUUUCAACCUCUGAGAUGGAGAACACGGAUGUCUUAGACACAGUGGAUAAGAUGGUGGCAAGUUUUGGACCAGAAGAAGCUUUGAAGAUCACAGUGAACAUCCUGAGGAAGAUGAACCAGAACCUUCUGGCUGAACAGUUAGAGAAGAAACACAAAGAAGUUCAGGCUGAGAGCAAUAUGAAUGCUUCUGCCACUGUUGGAGCUGCUUCAAAACAGAUCUGGGGUUCAAUGGCAGAAGACAGUAAGGCUGAUCAUCAUUACAGAAUGAUCAGCCUCAGACUGAAGAACAAAUUACAAGAAGACUACAAGCGGAUAUUGGUUGGUAAUUCCCAGACAGGUCAUCGGCAGUACCUGAAUGAUAUUUACACUGAUCUAUAUGUGGUGGAGAAUGAGACUGGAGGAAUAGUGAGUGACCAUGAGGUGAGACGGAUUGAACUAAAUAACAGCCAAUUUACUGCGAAGGAUUCAGCGAUCCAGUGCAAUGACAUAUUCAAAGACUAUAUGGGUCGACAAAACAAAAAAGUGCUGACGAUGGGAAUCUCAGGGGUGGGAAAAACGGUCUCUGUCAAUAAAUUCAUUCUUGACUGGGCUGAAGGAAAUGAAAAUCAGAAUAUACUCUUCAUAUUUCCUCUCCCAUUCCGUAAACUGAAUAUGAUUACAAAGAACUGCAGUCUCAUGGAUCUGCUUCAUGAAUGCUUCUUUAGUGGUCCAGAAGAACUGCCCUCUCUUCCUAAAGGUGACUGUAAGGUCAUGUUCAUCUUUGAUGGGCUGGAUGAAUGUCGCUUCCCAUUGAAAUUUGAUGAGAGUGAUGGAUUAACAGAUGUACAUGAAAAAACAACAGUGAGUAAGAUAGUUACAAACCUGGUCAAGGGUCAUCUGGUUUCCUCUGCUCUCAUCUGGAUCACAUCCAGACCUGCAGCAGCCGGUCUCAUACCCCGAGAUUACAUUGAUCAGGUGACAGAGGUGCGAGGAUUCAAUGAUGAGCAAAAAGAACAGUACUUCAUCAAAAACAGUCCUGGGGUUUCUGAAAACAUUAUCUGUCACAUCAGGAAAUCCAGGAGCCUGUACAUCAUGUGCCACAUCCCUGUCUUCUGCUGGAUCUCUCUUACUGUUCUUCAGCCUCUACUGAUUCAAGAGAGCAAUGACAAAGUACCAACAACUCUCACAGGGAUGUACACAAACUUCUUACUUUCUCAGGAGCAAAAGAUGAAAAAAUACUGCGAUGAUCUUGAACUUAAUCCCAAAGCCAAGUCUUUUGAGCAGAUUAUUCUGAAACUUGGGAAAUUGGCAUUUAAACAGCUACAGAAAGGUAAUCUGAUUUUCUACAAAGAAGAUCUGCAGGAGUGUGGACUGGAUGUCAGUGAAGGGUCAGUGUUUUCUGGGUUAUGCACUCAGAUCUUUCAGAAGGACAAGGCUGUUUCAAUGAGAAGUGUUUACAGCUUCAUACAUCUAAGUAUCCAGGAGUUCCUUGCUGCUCUCUAUGUGUUUUUCAAAUACAAAUGUUCUAGAAGUACAUUUGUAUUUCUUCAAUCCUGGACAGAAAAACUGAAAUGGGGUAUCUUCAAAAAGUCAUUAUUUGACUUGCAUAAGGUUGUGAUCAACAAGGCUUUGCAGAGCAAUAAUGGGCAUCUGGACCUUUUCCUCCGGUUCCUCUUGGGUCUAUCAGUGGAGUCCAAUCAGAGUGACCUGAAGGAACUGCUGCCAGCACUGGAUCUGAAAACAGAGAAUGUCAAAGAUACUGCUGAUUAUAUCAAAAAGAAAAUAGAGAAGGAGAAAUCAGUAGAGAGAACCAUCAACCUCUUCCACUGUCUGAAUGAACUGAACGAUGACUUUAUGGAGGACAUCCAGAAUAAUCUGAACUCAGGAAAUCUUUCAGCACAGAAUCUUUCCUCUGCUCAAUGGUCAGCUCUGGUGUUUCUACUGCUGAUGUCAGAAGAGACUAAAGAGAUGUUUGAACUGCAGAAAUACAGAAGAUCCGACGAAGCACUGAUGAGACUGCUACCAGUGAUCAAAAACACAAGGAGAGCACUUUUACAGUCCUGUAAUCUCACUGGUCAGUGUUGUGAGAGUUUGUCAUCUAUUCUACUUUCCUCAAACUCUGUCAUGAGAGAGCUGGAUCUGAGUAACAAUGACCUGCAGGAUUCAGCAGUGAAGCUGCUCUCUCAUGGUCUGAAGAGCCCAAACUGUCAACUGCAGAUACUGAGAUUACCAUGUUGCAAUCUUACUGAUCAGUGCUGUGAGAGUUUGUCAUCAGCUCUACAAUCCUCAGACUGUGUCCUGAGAGAGCUGGAUCUGAGUAACAAUGACCUGCAGGAUUUGGGAGUGAAGCUGCUCUCUGAUGGACUGAAGAGCCCGAACUGUCAGCUACAGUUGCUGAGGCUGUCUGGCUGUAUGGUGACAGAGGAAGGCUGUGGUUAUGUGUCUUCAGCUCUGAGUUUAAACCCCUUACACCUGAGAGAGCUGGAUCUGAGCUACAAUCUCCCAGGAGAUUCAGGAGUCAAGCUGCUGAAUGACAAAAUAAAGGAUCCAAACUGCUCACUGCAGAUACUCAACGUGGAUCAUGGAGGAGAGCUCAGGAUGAGAGCAGGAUUACAAAAGUAUGCCUGUGAUCUCACACUGGAUCCAAACACAUCACACUCUCGUCUCAUUCUGUCUGAUGAGAACAGGAAGGUCACAUAUGUGUAUGGGCAUCAGCCGUAUCCUGAUCAUCUAGAGAGAUUUAAGAUCUGUGAACAGGUUCUGUGUGGAGAGAGUUUGACUGGACGCUGUUACUGGGAGGCUGAAUGGAGCGGAUAUAAUGCAGAUAUAUCAGUGACAUAUAAAGGAGUCAACGAGAAAGGAAGAAGUGUCUGGGGGUUUGGAUCCAAUGACAAAUCCUGGACUCUGAUCUGCUCUGAUUACAAAUUCUCUGUCUGGCACAUUAAAAAGCUAACUAGCAUACCAGCCCCUCCACCCUUUUCUAACAGAGUAGGUGUCUAUCUGGACGUGUUGGCUGGCACUCUGUCCUUCUACAGUGUCUCUGACACACACACACUCACACACUUAUACACAUUCAACACCACAUUCACUGAACCUCUCUAUGCUGGAUUUAGGGUUUAUUUGAACUCUUCAGUGUAUCUGUGUCAGAUUAAAACUAGAUGCACAUCCAUCAAAAACUGAGAGAUAAAUUCAUUUCUUGCAAACAUCUGUCCACGGCUGCAGGGAUGUUUUAUCAGGUGUUCGGGGUUAAAACAUCCCAAUAAACAGCCAAAACAAUGCUACAUUUAGAGAUGAACAUGAAUGAAUGAGGACAGAGUUAUAUGAGAAAAGACAGAACUCAUGAUUAAAGGCUUGUUUACUCCAAGAAAUAUAACUAUAAUGAUAACUAGCGUGCAUGUAAAUCAAAGAAUGAUAAUGUUGUUUAUUUAUUUUAACUGUAUGCUGCAGUUAUGUCAUAAUUGAAGUGGUUUAAAAUAGCAAGGAUUUUGAUUGGGUGUCAAUGUUUUUAUCAUUCCUCAGAUGAAAAAAGUACUCUGAAAGUGAUCCCGACAAUAUAAUUAUUGUGAGCUUUACUAUUCUAUCAGAGUUGGAAUGAUUUUUUAAACUUUAUGGUUGUAGUUAACGUUCUUGGCAUGAAUGGUCAUGAAUUAAAUCUCAAAAGUGUAUAAAAUAUUUAGCUGCAUGGUGGCAUCACAAAAACUUUCAUCUUACCAUAUGAUACUCCAAUUAGGUUAUGACAUCAGGAGUAAUGCAGAUGGCAUUUUUGAUCAUGUCAUCUAUAUUAAGCUUUUCAGUUGUCUUCAACUACAUGCAUAAGUGCUAGAUGGCUCUCUGUUUUGGCCAGUAAACUGGUGUGUAUAUUUACUAGCUUAUGUUUUCUUGUUUGAAUUGUCAUUUUCUAUCCCAAACUUUGCAUAUGAGAAAUAAUUACAAAAACAGCAUCAAUCACAUCUGCCACAAUUACAUUUUCCAUGCAGUCAUCAUAGGUUUCAUAUUGAUUUUAAACAUCUAGACACAGCUAAUCUUUUUCAACUUUGCAAAACUGCUCAAACUCAGUCAGGUCACAUAGAGAUUGAAGUUCACCCAAAAACUAAUUCAUUCAUUUACAUUAGGGGUAAUGAAAAAACAAAUUAUAAAAGGUUUGAGCGUAGUUCAGUUGGACUCAAGUUGUUUUGUGUGCUUUGUCAUUGCUGCAAUAA